AUGCUACCCGCUGCACGUCGCCACCAGCAUCUUGAUUCAACGAGUAAUAUAGCCGCAUCGUCAAUGACCCAGGAACCCAUUACUUUAGAAACUACUGUCUCUACGGCUAAAUCUCUCUCACACGCUUCUUCCUCAUCGAUAAGGAAAUUAGAUUCUGGUGCCAUUACUCCCACACCAGCUGAUUCCGCCAACAUGAAUGUGUCAUUUGCUUCAGGAGUGAAACUCGACAGUAAUAAAAUACCAAAUUUUCUUCCAACAAGUGAUAGUUCAGUGGCGAUCGAACAGCUAUCUGCCACUGAUGAGCCGAACUCAGAGAAUGAAGGAGAGCCAGAUACGCAGAGAGCUGUUUUGGAGAUAAGUGGAAUUUGCGAUGAAUCAACCACGGAAGACGAAGAGGUUGACAGUCUUUCAGAUAAAAACAGCUUACAAGAUGACGUUGGCGAAACUGCCAGGACAGGAUAUGCAAGAAAGUCCAUAGGACUACUGACCUGUAUAAAUUCUAAGUUAGAUCAGCAUCCUGCCUAUGGUAGCAGCUCUUUAGAUGUUGACUAUAGAUCUGCAAUAUGCAAUCUUUUGAGUAAGUUAAUUCUAUUUAGAUUAGUUUCCAUUUUGAACCAAAGGCAUUAUCUAAAUUCUCCACUAAAUGAAACAGAACUUCAUAUUGUUUGA